GGGAGAGAGCCUCCUGGGGAGGCACCAGGGAGGCAUUCUGCUGUUUGUAUCCAGCUGCACUCUGGCAGGCAGAAGGCUCCGGCCAGCCCAGUAGCUGGCAGACACUUCCAUUUCCAUAGAAGAAAUCAAGCCUUCCUGCACUCCUGGGUCCUACUGAGCCCCAGAGAGCUUACCCAGGGUUCUGUGUCUGCUCCCUGGGCCGGCACCCUCCAGGCCUCUUGAGCUGCCUUCUCACCCCCAGCUUCCCUGCAGCCAAGAUGCCAUUGCCAGGAACAGUGACCCCUGGGCCAGAACUCCAAAGCCCUAAGCAGCCUGGGAAGUCACAGGGCACUCGGAAGUCCAACAGUAUGAAAGAGCCAAGCAUGCACCACGGGGACACAGUGAAACCCAGCCUGAGCACCCUGAAGCGGACCUUCUUCCGGAACAGCCUGGGAGCUUCCACCCACAAACCCAAGGAGGACCCUGGCCUGUUCAGGCGAAGUUCCCGCUUCCUGUUCCGGUCCUUGAGACGGGCCCUGGAUGAAGGUCUAACCUCUGGGCACCCUCAAGUCACUGCUGUGACAGAGAAGCCUUCCAAGGUCACAGAUGGUGUCAGUCGGCAGGCAUCCACUGGGACCCAUCCUGAGGAUCUGGAACCGCAGGCAGAAAGCAAAUCCGUGACAGACCUCAUCACCGAGCGGCAACUAGUGAAGGCCUUCGAACAGUUGCGGUACCUAGAGACGCAGCUGGUAGCAGACAAAACCUCUCGCACCUUUACGCAGGACCCCACCGCCUAUGCGCGGCGCGCUAUGGACCUUUGCCUACAUUACGACGGAAUGGCGGCGGAGAUCGGAGCCAUUGUGCGCGAGGCGCUGGGUUCCGAAGGCGUGGAUCGAGACGCUCUAGCAGAACUGGCCCAGGUGGUGCACUUGGAAGAGGAGGCCCAUCAGGCCUCCCAAGCCGAGGGUGACUUUUUGAGUACGCCUCGCCACUGGCGUCAGCACUGGGAGGACGCGGUGCGGCGCAGCGCUCAGGAGCGCGUGCAGCAGGCAGGCAUCAAAGUCCCCCCAGGGGCUGCGGAGGGCGCGUCGGACCUAGCCCAGCUUCUGGCUGAGCUCGGUGGAGUGGUUCGCCGCGACCUGCAGAGGGUGCGAUUAGAGAUGCAGCCUGCUUACGAAGCUACUGACUUUCCAGUGUGGGAGACCUACUUGCGUGCCUUCCACAACGCAGUGGCCCAGCGUCUGCAGGAGCUGGCGCGAGACGCCCGCGGCUGUGAGCAGCUCUAUGUGCUGUUAGACUGGGCCGCCAAUGUGUAUGGCAGUCCUGACUUCCUGGGUGCCCCAGACUUGGCACUGCCCACCGAACCGCUGCCCCCACUCCUAGAGCCUGCUCUGUGGGCCCGCCUGGAAAGUGACUACACUAGCUUCCUAGAGACAAAGAUCACAAGCUGUUUUGACAGCAUCUUGCUACUGGAGCAGAGUCGCUGGGAAGCCGGCGAGGACUUGGAAGUGCUGCAGGGCCUCUACCAUGCGUCCCUGUCCAUCGACGUGCACAUGCUCGUGGCUGAGCACGUGAAGGCGGCCGGCGCUAUCUCCUCGGAGCUGGAGGCCACCACCCUGCAGAUCUGCGCGCGCGCGCUCUGCCUCUUUGUGCCCAGGUUUGAAAAAGCUUUUCUGGCAUCAAAGGCAGUGAGCGAGUGCUACCUGGGCGCCUAUAUUAACGCCUGCGUGGAGAUGAGAACCAGCCUUCUGGCCAGGUUCCCAGGAACCAUGAAGGAACUGGAGAAACCCCUAGUGGCUGCUACCAACAGCUUCCAGAAGCACUUGCUCCAGAUUGUACAGCAAGACAUGCAGCCGCUAUUCAAGGUGCUAUAUACCAAGAGCUGGCUCACACAGGACACACUGCGUCCCCUCAUGGACAAGGUGGUGGACUUUGCUCAUCACCUUGAGCAUGUGACCCCACCACUGGCACAGGAGACUCUGCAGGAAGUGCACCGUUUUGUGGUCCGCGAGUACCUCGGGCAGGUGCUGAGGCCACACGAGAGGUUCAGUGGCCUGGAUCGUGUGAACGGCUCCCAUAAGAUGAGCCUGGAUGCCCAGGCCAUCAGCAGCACCUUCAAGGACUUGGGCUCUGAAGCCAUGUGGCUGGACCAAGCCAUCCUGUGCGUGGCUGAGAUCCUGGGCGAGACCUACAAAGACGACAUCCGGCGGCACCUGGAGACACUUAUACGAAGCUACCCAGACGUCAGGCGUGACCAUAUACUGGCCAUUCUGGCGCUGCGUAGACUCGGCCGCCGUAGGAACCAGAGUCUGUUGCAGCAUACCCAAGACUUGCUGAGGGCAGCGCCCGAGGUCAGGCCCUCCCCGCGCCGUGUACUCUUUGAAGAGAUCGAAGUGCCCACCUCUGUGGACGUGCUCAUCACCUGCAUCUAGGGCUGGCUGGCUGACUGUCAGGCAGGAGCCUGGUAGGCGGAGGGUCUGUCACCCUCCCUGUGACUGACCCCAAGUUGGGAGCCCAGUGAGUCACUCUGGCCCUGCCCCCAUCUGUGAAGCCUGGAGCAUGGAAUUUUUGGUCUCAGUGCUUGGCUGCUCAGUCAGGGGGAGCCAAGAGUGGAGGCAUUCCAGGCAUUUGUGGGGGAGUCUUUUGGGGUGGCCGAGGCUCCUUGGAGGACUUCAGGCCAGGGAGGGCCUCCCUCUCUAACUGUCCAGCAUAUCCCCACUGUAGUGAGGAGCCGAGCAUUCUAAAAAUAAAUACGAAUCAAAAUAG